CUGGGUGGCAGUGUAAACCAUGUGGUGUAAACCAUGUGGUGUAAGCCUGUAGAGAGGCCUGUCUACCGGAAAUGACAACACAAGGAGCUGUGACGUCAUCUCAGAGCGACGGUUGAGUCUCCAGAUUUCACCAUGGCCGAAGCUGAGUCUAAGAAAGUGAUCAAGUUAGUUCCUGAGUAUCUGCUGAAGAAGAGGAAAGCCUACCAGGCCAUUAAAGCCACUGAGGCCAAGCGCGCUCUGCUUGAGAAGAGAAAGGUAUCAAGAGGCAAACCGUUGAAGUUCAAGCGUCUGGAGGACUUCUUGAAGGACAGCCACAGGAAGCACCGUGAUGAGACUCGCAUCCACAGAUCUCAGCACCGGCCGCCACCCCCUCUUCCUCCUGCUAAGAACAAGCUGGCCUUCGCCGUCCGCAUCAGAGAGAUUAAAGGUGUCAGUCCCAAAGUGAUGAAGGUGAUCCAGAUGUUGAGGCUGAGGAAGAUCUUCAGCGGAGCCUUCGUCAAAAUCAACAAGACAUCUGUAUCCAUGAUGAAGAUGGUGGAGCCCUACGUGGCCUGGGGAUUCCCCAACUUGAAGUCAGUUCGUGAGCUCAUCCUGAAGAGAGGACAGACCAGGAUCGGCAGGAGGAGAGUUCCUCUCACGGACAACACCUUCAUCGAGGAGCACAUGGGUAAACACGGCAUCAUCUGUCUGGAGGACCUGAUUCACGAGAUCUACUCGGUCGGCAAGGGCUUCCGGUCCGCCAACAACUUCCUGUUGCCCUUCAGGCUGUCGGUGGCUCGUCACGCCGCCAGGGACAAGGCCGGGCUCCUGAAGGACCUGGGGAACCCCGGAUUCCGCAACACGGACAUUAACUCCAUCAUCAGGCAACUGAACUGAGGAGGAAAGCCUGCGAGAUGGACACUCGGCGGCAUCUGUAAGGAUGCUUCGUUUCUUCAGGACACAAAUGCCAACAACAAAAUAUUCCUUUUUUUGUUUCUUUGGCAGAGAAGACCCAGAAUCCUAUUAUUUACCCAUUUAUCAGUACACCCAUUCUUCUGGUUCCACGCUGGGAGACACCACGAGGACCUGAAGUGGAGUCUCUUUGACUUGUGUUUGAAAAUAAAGAUCAUGUAGUGCCCCUGACUACAGACUGAUGGAAGCAGCUCUUUGGUGAAACUCUAACAAUAUUUUGACUCACUUGUGAAAUGUUAGUUAUUGUAAUAUUCCUCCUGUUGUCAGAGGAAUGGAUCAGUACUUGCAGGACAGUAAUUGAAUAAUUAGGAUGGGUUGUCCUGCAUGCAGGAGCCACAAGCCCACCUACAGCAAAACUACAUUCAGUAGUUCUCAGUGUGAGAAAGUGUCUUUAAAGUCUGUUUUAACAUUGAUUUAUGAUUCAUUGUUGAUACACUUUGUUUUUCCAAUAAAAAAAAUAAAUAUUUCAAUACUUUUGCCAUGAAAA